AUAUUGACUAAUGAUAAUUCAAUAUAAAGAGAAAUUGAAUAACAUUAACAACAGGAGCUUAGCCUAAUUACUAGUAAUUACUAAUAUUGGUCAAUCCUGGAGGUUCAAUACAUUCUGACUUAUGAUUCAGUACCAGAGUAAUUGAACACAAAACGAGAAUCAGAUCGUAUGAUAAUUCGGUACAAAAUGUAAUUGAACAAGAACGCAAACCAGAUUCGAUUCGACUUCAGCAUUGCUGAACUGUGUAGGCUUGCUGAUAGCUACGUGAUCCAAUAUUGUAUGUAUCCUCAUAUUAUUGUAUUAUACUCAAUACUAAUAUAGCGGUCAUAUUUCGGUCCAGAAAUCAGCUGAUGGCUUAUGCAAGUUACCUCGCCUUAUUCAACUCAUUCUCAGCCGACGUUUAUAGUGGAAGGUAGUGUUAUUCCCAUAGCGCUUCUUGGCCCUGAUUGGCUACCUAUGACUGACAUAAGUCGUGACGCAUCAAAUGCAGACUUGGUGAGAGUUCCUCAGAAAGUGUAGAAGUACUUGAUCAUCAAGAUUGAAGUGUAUUUCUUGGUCUUGUUGGAAACGCAUUAGGAUCGCUGUCCAUUUUAUUUUUAUAGUACAAUUCCAAACAGAGGAAAAUUUCAUAAGAUCCUAACUAGGACUGAAUGAAAAUGGAAGCUGAAAAAUCGUCACCAUUGCUGUUUAUCAAAGAAGAGAAGGAAAAUUCGGAGGAGGAUCUUACUGAAAACACCGGUGAAGGCUCUUCAUUUGCAGACCCCUUAGCAGUCAAAGAAGAACCAGAAUUUUUUAUACCAUGGUGAAUUUGAUGUGAACUGUUCCUUCCAUUCUAUUAAGUUGGAAGAGGACAGCUCUCCAAGCUGUGAUGAUGAAAGCUGAAAGAUCUGUAUUGCAGAAGAAAUUAGGCCUUUGGGUAAAAGAGAUGCAUCAUCAAAGAAAAGCAAUAUUGCAAGAAAGCAAAUAACUUGUGCUGAAUGCCAAAGGACAUUUUCACAGAUGUGCAGGCUGAAAUCCCACAUGAGAAUUCAUACAGGAGAUAAACCUUAUACUUGCUCUAUAUGUCAAAGAAGUUUUUCUCAACAAAGUCAUCUCAAAAGACACUUGAGAACUCAUACAGGAGAGAAACCAUAUACUUGCUCUAUAUGUCAAAAAAGUUUUUCUGAUUCAAGUACUCUCGCAAAACACAUGAGAACUCAUAUGGGAGAGAAACCAUAUACUUGCUCUAUAUGUCAAAAAAGAUUUUUUGAAUCAAGUUACCUCAGAAAACACAUGAGAACUCAUACUGGAGAGAAACCAUAUUCUUGCUCUAUAUGUCAAAAAAGUUUCUCUGAUUCAGGUGAUCUCACAAAACACAUGAGAACUCAUACUGGAGAGAAACCAUACACUUGCUCUAUAUGUCAAAAAAGUUUUUUUGAAUCAAGUUAUCUCACAAAACACAUGAGAACUCAUACUGGAGAGAAACCAUAUUCUUGCUCUAUAUGUCAAAGAGGUUUUUCUUGUCUAAGCCAUCUCAAAACACACAUGAGAACUCAUACAGGAGAGAAACCAUUCACUUGCUCUGUAUGUCAAAGAAGUUUUUCUCAUCAAUGUGCUCUCACAAAACACAUGAGAACUCAUACAGGAGAGAAACCAUAUACUUGCUCUACAUGUCAAAAAAGUUUUUCUAGUCAUUGGUAUCUCAAAGAACACAUGAGAAUUCAUACAGGAGAGAAACCAUAUACUUGCUCUACAUGUCAAAAAAGUUUUUCUCAAUUAACUAUUUUAAAAAAUCACAUGAAAACUCAUACAUGAGAGAAACCAUAUACUUGCUGUGUGUAUCAAGGAAGUUUUCUGAGCCAAAUCAUCCUAAAUGACAUGAGGAUUUACAUUAGACAGAAACUGUAUACUUGAUCUCUGUCCAAGUAGUAUUUAUUACAAGCUUUUAUUUAAAUUGACUUCUGCAUCUGUCUGCCUGCCCCCAAAUCUUGUAACUCAAAUUUUGUACCUGUUCCUUCCUUUGAAUGGACUUGAAAUCUUGCAUGGUUUCUCAUUCCUAAUUCUCUUUUAUAGCUUGCUAUAAAACACAGUGGACUGACUGUAUGACUGUAUUUUGUUUUAAGCUAGCCAGUCAGACUAAUGUAAUGUAUUAUUCUGAUUAGA